AUCUGUCAACAGCUGAUAGAAAUUAUCAAUGUCGUUAAUAUUCAAAUCCUUAAUUUCUUUUUAAUUUCAUGUAAUUAGGAUAAGUAACACAUUAAAAUAUAUAGUAAUAAAUGACCAGAAGAUAACCUACAUUCUUCAAUGAAGCAUAUCUUCCAAAAAGUUUAUUAAAAAUAAUGUAUUUCAUCUUGUAAUUACUUUGGUGGGUUUUAUACAAACAAUAGUUUAAUGGCCGCAGAAGUGAAGGAGUACCACUCAGAAUAUAGACGCUGUCAAAGUUGGUAUAGGAGUGUUCCUAGGUUCAAAUCCUGAAAAUGUCUACAGCUGGUCUUAUACAGCAUACAGACUUUAAGAAAGAACAAACACCAGUACCAGAUAGUACAACAUCUGUAGAAAUGUCAGAAUUUUCAGUAGGUAAUGAAGUGCUAGUGAAACAAAAAGAUGAUAGGUAUUAUUUUGGAACAGUAGUUCAGGUGAACAAUAUAAGAGAACAGUGUCUAGUGAAAUUUGGUGACAAUACUUUCAAUUGGUCCAGCUUUAAAGAUCUUACAAAAUUAAGUACUCCCGAACAGGAAGAUCUUUUGUGCGUAGUAUGUAAGAAAUCUGCCCCCAAGAAUAAGCUGGAAAUCACUGUUUGUGAUCAAUGUGGAAGAGGAUAUCAUCAAAAGUGUCAUGUACCGGAGAUACCUAUCAGCUGUCAGAAAGAUGGUGCAAUUUGGAUGUGCAAAAGAUGUAUUGAGAGUGAUCCACUUAGACUGAAAAAAAUUGAUUCUAAACACCAAAGGAGGGAUUCCUUAAGGAGUGUAUCUAGUUCCAGUAAUCAAGAAAAUCAGUCAAUUCCUACAUCUACUAUAAAAGUAUUACCAUAUGAUUUAAACUCUUUAAAUUGGGAUACAUAUCAUAGAGUAAAUAGCGAACAAAUAUAUUGUUACUGUGGUGGAAAUGGGGAGUGGUACAAACAAAUGCUUCAAUGUGGAAGGUGUAGACAGUGGUUUCACGAAAAAUGUUUAGAUUUUCUGCAAUAUCCUUUAUAUUGUGGUGAUAGGUUUUACGUAUUUGUUUGUUCAAUAUGCAACCACGGCCAGGAUUUUAUAAGAAGAUUAGAAAUGAAGUGGGUCGACUUGGUGCAUUUAAUGCUGUUCAAUUUGACUGCUUAUAAUUCCAAAAAGUAUUAUGAUUUAGAUUCAGUUGUCGUUCCUUAUAUAAAUGAUAACUGGCAUGCUUUGCAGCUACCACCAAAGAUAGCAAACGUGAGUAAGUCUGAAAGAAGAGAGAAUAUAAUGUCUGUAUUAACAAAUAAUCGAAACCGAUUCAAAUGUGGUCGCGAAAUUAAAAAACGCACUACAAUAUGGGGCCUCCGCGUUCGCUUACCGCCCCCUGCUCCUUGCGUGACACUCCCACCUACUGGACUAGUAACUGAGGACGAUCUUCGUGAAUUAUGGCAGGGUAACCGUAGACUACAAUUUUUACCCGCCGAGAAGAAUAUUGUUUCUAAAAGGAUAGUCGUUACUGAUUCUCAUAUGAAAAACGUCAUGAUGGGUGUAUCAUAUCAACAGAACUCCGGUAAUUCCGAAUCAGAAUCUCCCUGUCCGAGUCCGGAAACUGUCCAAGAAGAAUCAGCUGCGGAACCUACUGUAACUUUAGUACAAAAAAAUAAGUAUCUCGGCGCUGGGUGCGCUAAAAAGACAGUACCUUUUAAAAAGAUGAGCUUACAAAGACGAAAGAAACUUCUAGCCAUGUCUACUAGAGAACGAGAAAGAAUUCUUAAGAGACCUAAAAGGAAAGUAAAUACCGACAGUAAAUUAGACAAUAAAAACGAGACUUUACCUCCAACGCCUCCUACAUCAGUAAGUGCCCCGCCUACUCCCCCUGCUUCGAAUUCAACAUCCCUCACAUCGGAUUUGAGCAACGAUUUUUCCGAAUGUUCCAACAACCAGAAGGUUAUUAACAAUUCAAAGAAGGGCCACACCUUAGAAUUAAAUUCUGAAUUAAUUACACCUUGCGAUACUUCAGGAGAUGAAACUAGUUCGAAGAGUACUUUGGAUACAAUAAUACCUCCUCCGAAGGACUUUGAAGGAAAAAAUAAUCCUUUUUUGGCAUUUCUGAGGGGUACUACAGACGAAGGAAAAAAGAAAAAAGAGAUAACCCUCCCACUUCCAUUAACAGCUGUGAUACCAGGCAAACCAAUAUUGCGUCCAAUGAAACGUCAGUUGAGCGAGAAAGAUAUCAUCAUUGGUCCCAAUGGACAAAUUAAGAGGAAACGUUUCAGGCGAACUCGUAAUCCUAAUGCAGUAUAUACUAGUAAUGGCCAAACUGCUAGUAAAACUGCAGCAGUUGUGCCUGCAAGGCCGGAUACCAAAGAAUGGCCUCAUCGGAGUAGUACUUCAAGUAAUAAUGGGUCUAAUAUAGGUUGUAUGGAUUAUACAUUGAACGGCCGCCGUCUUCGUCAGAGGCCGGAAAAACCGCAGGAAAAGGACAAGGCAUCGAAUCCACCAACUCCAAAACCGAGUCCUGUGAAACAAGAACCCGAUAUCAAUUUGGAUGAUUUAAAAAGUUCAGUUAACAUCUAUUUUGGUGCAGCUAAUCGUAUAGCAGCCGGAGAACGUUUUGCUAUUAAAGCUAAACGUGUAGGACCAAAUGGCAAAAUGGAUUAUCUAAUAGAAUGGGAAGGACCCAGCAACGGAAUGACUUGAUUGCUUGUCAUUUGUAUUUUUCAAAGUGCGAUUGUUUUGGCUGUUAUUAAAAAAAUCCCCACGACAUUGUUAUCCACCACAUUUUACACCAAACACAAUAGUAUUAGAUUCAAUUGUAUGGUCAUACCGAUUAGUUUGGUUUGGCGGAUGAUAAUAAUCGUAGGAUGAGUGAGUCUACUGCUCAAAAACGUACAAAAUUUUUAUUCUUGAUGCUUUUCGGGGUUAGUACUUCUAAUUACCGUAGUAAGAAAUAAAAAUAAAUUUGCUGUUCCUCACGAAUUUUGUUAUUUGUGAGGUUCUGUAGAUCUGAGGAAUUUUUAAAUGUCAAAAUUAGGUAUAGUAAUAAAGCUUCGUUGAGUAUUUUUUUCAAUAAAUUAAUAAUUUUAGCAUUUUGUUUUAUCUAGUCAUUUGUAUACAAAAUAUCGAGUACGGUAUUCAAAACAUAUGUAGAUCUAUAGAGCCUCUAUAAUGAUGAAAACGCAUUCAAAAAGUGGCUUUAAACAAAAAUGGAUAAAACUAAUUUUUCUAUAACUACUGAACAGGUAAUGAUAUUAAUGGAUACUUUUAUACUUUUCCAUUUCUAAUACUGCCAAAACUUGAAUCGAGAGUCACUGCCAUUUAUUGUUGAUAAUUUUUUAAAGGUACGACGACGUUUUUUUUUCUCGAUGUUAUGAAUGUUACGAGGCAUAAUUGUUCACCUUCUUUGAUAUUUGGUGGAAUAUAUAUAUAUUUCAACUUUUAUCACGAUAUUCCUGGCAACUAAAUUCGACCCUCCGAUUUGUACUGAACACACUGUAUUACUGUGACUACAUCAUCAUAUCCGGUUCAAAGAACCAGACAGUGUUUGUUUAGAGGUAGUGUGAACUAAUGGUUCCAAAAAUUCAAAUUUUAAUUUCUUAACAUUCUUGUAGUAAUUUUUUCCAUAUUAUUUUUUGAUUUUUCUUGCUUCUCCAUAUUCUAUCUUGGCAUUUGUCUAAUUUGUAUUGUUUCGUAUAUCGUAGGUUUUAUCUAAGUCCCUAAUUUGACUGAAUAUGAUAAAAUCAAAAUCAAUUGAAAAUGGUUGUCAUUGAACUCUCCUUUCUUUAUUAUAUAUUCCACCUAAUAUUAAAAAGUAAAAUAUCGACCGGACCUAUAUAUAGAAAUUUAUUGUAAAUCUUCAUCACUUAGUCAAUUAUUACUCAAUUUAUUCUUUUUCUUAAUUAUUUAUAUGCCAACAUUUAGUUAAAAUAAUAACAUAACCAGUUUAGUUCUAUAUGUGACAUUUGAACUACUAUGUCUUUUAGAAAUCAAAUAAAUCAUAACUUUUUUUAUGAAAUAGACAGAUGUUUUUCUAUUUUUGAAUAUUAAAUUUGGAUAUUUGUUCCAUAUUUAUGAUUUUUUUUUAAUGCAAUAAUCAAUAUACUGAAGAAUCAUGAUUGAAAAUCAUGGUUCUUAAAAACGUCUAUUUAGAGAUUGAAACUUAUCUUUUAACAAUAUGAGGCAAAGGUGUGCUUAUCAUCAACAGUUAGUAAAUUAUUGGUUAUUCAUUGAAUCACAUCAAUUUAAUCUAUUCAGACUUGGAUAUAAUUUAACAUUUAGUUAACACAAACAUAAUCACUUUAGUUUCAUUGAAGAAUGACAUUUGACCUACUAUGUCUUUUCUAAAUAAAACCACAAAUUCUAUUUUUCCAUGUUUAAUUUGAAUAUUUGUCCCAUACUUAUGAACUUUCUUUGUAAUAUAAAGAUAUAUUACAAAGAAGCAGACAUAACCAGUUUAAUUGAAAAGUGACAUUUGAACUACUAUGUCUUUUCUUAAUCAAAUAAACCACGAAAUACAUUUUGGAUUAUGAGUGGACGCUCUUCUAUUCUCAUAUUAAAUAUUUGUUCAGCAUUUAUAAUCUUUUUUUGUAAAAAAAGCAAAAAUUAAUCUGAGAAAUGCAGAUCUGCAGCACUUACUGAAGAAUCAACAUUAUUUAAUGAAUUUGUUGUAUUUUAUCUAUCGAAAUCAAUUAAUAUUUUUCGAAAUUAGACAAAAAUUGGAAUUUACAAUCUGAGACAAAGUUAUUAUUUCAAUAUAGAUUAGUAAGAAAUUUGAUGGGCAGAUACUAAAUCAGAUUUCAUGUUAUUCACCAUGUAUUAGUUCAAAAUUAUUCCUUUUAUCUGUUUGCAUUUUGUAAAUUCCUGUUCUUUUUCUCCAUUUGUCACUUAUUUUCAGAGCGAAUACUUGAUCAUUCACACAUCGUGAAAAUUUUCCAUCCUUUAUCAUAUAACUUGAAAUUUACCUAUCGUGUUUCCCAUUUUCAGACUCGUAUGUUAGAACUGGAACCAUGCAUCCAUGAAAAAUUUGAUCCUUAGUCUUUUAAAAUUUAUAUAAAGUUGUUUUAUUAAAAAUGUGAUUAAUAAAUAAUUGACUAAGUAAUAAAACAAGUUUUUGAGUAAUUUAAAUACCAGAUUACAAAAUACUAUUUUUAUUUAUACAUAUUUUUCAAAUUUCUAUUAUAUUUGGUGAAAUAUUACUUUAAAUGGUCCAAAACGACUCGGUUGAUAGUGAAAAAAAUUCAGCUCUCAAAUAUUUCGUUUACAAGUAUGAAUGCACUAUACUUUAUUUAAAUAAAUCUUAAAUUAAAUUGUUGAUUCAUUGUUUGCUGUACAUAAAUGUAUCAAGAGCAUUUUAUAUUUGCUUGAUAUAUCGAGUGUUCUCAAAAAAAUUAAAACGCUCAUUUUAACAAACAUUUUUCUGUUUGAAUCUUGUUCAUUGUCUAUAAUCAUUCCUAUCUUCUAAGUAUUUUGUGAUGAAUUUUUACAUCAUAGACACAAAUCUAAUCAUCAACAUAUUUUAAACGAAAGUACAUCCAUCAAAGCCCAGAGGUUGAGAUGGUUUGGCCACAUUCAAGUAAUGGAGGAUAACGGGUGCCUAAAAGAAUCAUAAAUGUCAAAAUAUACAGCAAUAGUAGUAAAAGAGGCAGUUCACGAAGACUUAUAAAUAAUGAAUGUGAAAAGAUGAGGAACGUUGGUGAAGAAAAGACCAGUUUGGAGGCGAUUUGUCGAUGAGGCCAAGGGUCACAACAAGCUGUAGUGCCAGUUGGUAAGGUAGAUCCAUCAAACGAGACCACUACAUGAUUCAGAUAUGUCUCUAUAUCUUACAUUUGUUCAAGAUUAUUUUGAUAUAGGUAUGGUGAUACCAAAAGGAUAAGAAAUAUUUAAUUUUUUUAAAUUUUAGUAGAACACUCGGUGUAUUAAAUUUACUUGUAGCUUAUUUGCUAACCUUUGUAAAUAUUAACAUUCGUAUUUUGUAUUGGGGGGUAUAUUUUUUUGUUUCAUUUGUUAUGAUCUGUGAUGUUUAAAAAUGUAAAAGAAAAUAGCAAAUUAUUUAUUAUAGCAGAAAAUUGGGUAUGCUGAAACUUGUUACAUGAUCAAAUACAGGGUGUUUUUUUUCAAAUUUCAGCAACAUGGCUCACUUGUGGUAAAUAUAAAUAUUUAUUGUAAACUUACUAAUAAUAAUGAAUUUAUAUAUAUUCGAAUUUUUUCUGAUAAAUCUAAAAUAUCUUAUUUCUCUGUUCGUCCCAUCCUAAGCAUUAAAAAAUAAAUCCAAUAGAAUUAUCAGUGAAUCAAACAAGAUGAAAAUGUUGAAAAGCGAUUUAAGUCAAUAAAUAAUUUAAAUCAACUACUCCCAAUUGGUUCUUUAUUAUUUAACAAAUACUUUAAAUUGCUUUAUGUCACUUUUGUUAAAUCUAUUCUGAUAAAAUUAGCCAUAAAAGAAGUUUUAACACACCCUGUAUAUCACGCAGGGCACAAGUACUUGCUGUUUGUAUUAAAUUUAUUUCAGAAUUCCAAGUUAUCCCCUAUUUGUUGUGGGCGAUAUUAUUGGAUGUUCAGAGAAAUGUAUAGAAAACUGAAAAAGUUCUAAAAAAAUGUCAAAAAUGGUAAUUUAAAUUUAUUGAUUGUACAAAUUUAGCAAAUAUUUCUGUUUUUUCUUAAUUAAAUGAACUAGCUUAAAUGAGACUGAAGAUCUUUAAACAAUUUAUCAAUAUGUAAUAUUAGCUACACUGUUUAGUUUGACAUCCCCUAUGUAGAUUGUUUUUUUGUAUAUAUACUUAUUUUAUAGUUGUAGAGCAAAUUGUAACUAUUUGAAAAAAAAAACAAACACAUAUUUCUGAAAAGCAUACAUAUUUGGAUAUGGAUAUUGUAUUUUUAUUAAAAUUUGAUUUAAUUAAAGUAAACAAUAUAA